ACUGCAUGUAGACCUUGUUUAGCACUUCCUCAUGCACAGAGGAAGCGAAUAACCGUGUCAUCAAAUGGAAAAAAAAAAAGCAAACCUUUAUUUCUUGUUUGUUAAUACGCGUAAGUUUUUAUAUCUAAAUGAGUAAGGUGUCACAAUGGCCUAGAGCGAUGUUUCCCAUCCCAGUCCACAGGGUCCCCCCAGACAGUCCACGUUUUUCCUCCCUACUGUGUGCUGGGAGGGAGCGAAAACGUGGACUGUCUGGGGGUUCUAAGUGUUUUUUAAAGCCUAUUGGGGGGUAUUAUUUUGCAAUCUUUCACUUUUAACCCAGAAAGCGGUUUGAUGGGUUAACGGAAAAUUCAUUUCAAAAUGAAAGCAGCGAAGCUGAAAGAACUGAGAAGUGUCCUUGGAACUGAAUCCAAAGAAAGUGGCAGAAGUAUGAAAAGUCUUUCUGAAUACAGAAGCACAGACGACUCAGAACAGCUUUGGAAAUGAGGUCAUACUUGUCUCUUCUAACAUCUUUCUGCUUUCAUCUUCUUUAUCAAGGCCACAGUAAGUAAGCUGGCCUGCAAUGUGAGCUCCUCACUCUUGAUAUCGGUUACUCUGGGGGACAAUGCAGAAUUGCCCUGUUUUUUUGCAAUUCCCCCUGGAAAAGCCUACAGCUUCAGGAUAAAAUGGGUAAAAUAUACGGCAGGAACGAUCCAGCCCAACGACGUCCUGCUGUGGCCUCCUCUGACUUCAUUAACUAAAUACAAAUGGGACGUUGACAGCUUGAUGCUUGGAAAUCUAUCUCUCACACUGAAGAACGUCAAUGCAAGCGACGCCGGGCUGUAUGCAUGCUUUGCCUGGGAUGGCUGGGAAUGUGUGAUGGCCAGAAAUGUCACCUUAAAAGUCAAAGAUUGUGUGACCUUAGAAUCCAUCCUGGCACCGACCAAUGGCACUGCUAUUCUGCCCUGCACUUUCCCAAAUACUUCAGAAGACACCCAGAGAGUAAACAUCACCUGGAAUCUGGUCCUGGCAGAGAAGCAUCCGUCUCUCUUACAAUACCCUCCAUCCAGUGAACAAUCCAAUCGAGGACGAUUGCGAUUCAAAAUGGAUCCUAGGUCGGGCGACGCCUCACUGAUAAUAUCAGACUUAACGCACGGCGACAGAAACUGGUACCGUUGUCAGCUGGGUUUGGGCCGAAGCUCACGGUGCUACGAAAUGAAGCUGGAAGUGAAAGAUUUUGUAUCAGAAGAGACUGCAACGUUUGGGACAUCAACUGUAACGCUGACGCAAAGAAAUGUCACGGAUGAACAAUAUAGCAGCAAAGGUGUAGGUACUGGAACCAUAGUUGUCAUAGCGUUGCUCUUGGCAUCCUUCUGCAUCUUCAUGGCAUCGGUGGGAUCAGCAUUCUACAUUAAACAGUGUAGAUCUUCUCCAGACACAACAGAUGAAGGCAACCUCCAGGAGACCUAUUACUCAAAUGUAGAUUUUCGGAAUUCAGUGCAUGUUCUGAACACCUUUUACACUGUGACUCAUGCAGCAAAUCGCUGGUCCUCAGAUCAGUCAACUGACAGCAAGACUUCUGAUUUCUGAGUGCCACCUUGACGAUUUUGGAUAAACUUUCGGCAGAGAAACAUUAGAAUAAUCAUGCUAAAACUAAUUCUUUACAUUUACAUUUUAAGCAGACAUCUUAGUCCAAAGCAAUAUGCAAGUGAGGCAAAUAGUACAUUACAAACAUACAUGCUGUACAGGAGUCAGCUUAGUCUGAGCUUCCAGUGCAGCUUAGCCUGAGCUUCCAGUGCAGUUUAGGCUGAGCUUCCAGUGCAGCUUAGCCUGAGCUUCCAGUGCAGUUUAGGCUGAGCUUCCAGUGCAGCUUAGCCUGAGCUUCCAGUGCAGCUUAGGCUGAGCUUCCAGUGAAUGUCCAGUAAAACAUGUAAACAAUACUGGAGCACGAGCUACACAGCAGCUUCUAACAAAGCAAUAACCUAAAGAUAAAAUUACUAGAAGUACAACAUUAAUAGCAUUCAGAGAACAUAGAGAGCUGUCAGGCUAGUGGAAGAAUUCCUGGAACAGAUGGGUCUUGAGGCAUUUCUGGAAGGUAGAGAGGGGUCUGAUAACCAGAUGUGGUUCCACAGCUCAGUCUACCAUCGGAGAACCACGCUUCUCGGGCAUGGAAGGAGCUCUGAGCAGUGUUGGUUCGCUGACUGAGGGUAGUGAGAUGGGGCAUAGGUCUCGAGGAGGCUUUCGAUGGAGAUGGGUGGCUGCACAUCGAUGGAUCUGUGAGCCAGCACCAAAGCCUUGCUCUUGAUGUGAGGGCCAGGAUGGACACAGUGCAGAUGUUCCAGAUCAAACAGUGAUGUCAUGGUGGAUGGUGGGGCUGGCAGCGAAGACGAGAAGCUUGGUUAGAUUUAGCAGGAGGUGACAGUCUUCUGAGCUGUGAUGCCAGCCAGGCGUCCCACAGUGGUGGAAGGAGAAGCCCUGCGAAUGGAUGAUGUAGUGCUGUAUGCUUCCAUAUUGCCUUGUCUCUUACCCUUUAAAAUGAACACAUAGCCAACUGACUGCUUUUUGUUGCUUUUUCUUUAUUCACGUUGCAAACAAUUUUUCAGUGUUAAGCAAAGCCUGACCUUAAAUUUAGGAUGAAAGUAAAUGAACAUUGUAGCUUUGUAAAUACAGCUUAAUACUAUCUACAUUUUCAACAGAAUGAUCUAGUGAGCAUGAUAAUUAGCUAAAAGUCAGUUUUGUGUCUUUCUCAUUUCGGGGAUAAAUAUUUUGUGCAGACAGAGAGAAAUGCACACACUGGAAAAUAAAUACUGUACUUUGAAAUGCUCUUUUAACAGUGGAUGUACAGAUUAUCAGUAGUAUCUCACAACUAUAAGGAUAUAAUUUUUCUCUUAUUUUAUAUUGGGAAAUAUAUGUAUGUUGGAGUGUAACGUAGAAGUAUUACAAGGGUAAAUGUGCCAUUAAUCCCUGAAAGCUGAUAGGGAAUUGACUGUGAUGUCAUAAUGCUCUUAAUCUAUGGGGAUUGGUCAGGAUUCUUGGGGUUGCCCUGCUGCUCAAUGUUGGGACUUGUGACCUAAACCGCCUCACCCCAGAGGGUCACUGCAGCCCUUCCCCUGCGUUGUGGUCUAAGCAGGGUGUAGCCCCCAGUGACUGCCUGCCACCACCUUCUCUGGACUGUCUGAGUGUGGCGGUAAGAGACAGAUACAUAAACGCAGGUGGGUGUGGUCACUGGAAAAGCAGUGAGAGAAAUGCAAGUGGAUUGCAUGCAAAAAACAAACAUUAACGUAUGAUGGCACAUAUCUGUUUUCACAAACAAGCAAAUGUGACUGGACAGGACUUACAGGGGGAGAACGAGUGUAAUUAUUUUACGGUAUCACUUUACUUGAGGGGCACCAAUAAUAUAGCAUUAUUAUAUUACUUAUGUAUUAAUUAACCAUAAAGUAAGUCUUAGUUACAUACUGAUCUCAUGUUUGUUUGUCAUUAUUGAAUAAAGAAGCAGUUACUAUGUUUGCUAUAUGUGUUAAUUCUGGAAAUCUUUAUGAACUACUGAAGGACUUACUAAGGAACUACUGAAGGACUUACUAAGGAACUACUGAAGGAACAAGUAAUGAAUAACGCAAGUGAAAUACUAAUGUCAUGUUCGUUUGUCAUUAAUGAAUCAUGACACAUUUUAUCUCAAGUGUAUAUUAGACUUUUUCAUGAUUUGUACUCUAUUAGUAACUGAGCUGCUACUAAGAAUUUAUGGCAGCGUUACCAUUUUUAUUUUCAAUGUAUCUGCUGAGGUGGUACAAUCACGUAACUGACUGUGACCAUUAUUCCUUCCUCAUUUGCCAACCGACAGCUCCAUUUCCUGUUUCGCAUUUAGUGUGGCACACAGAACUGCUGUCGUUCUAGAACUUGCCUCAGUCACCCAAAUGAAUUUUUCUCACCAGUUUCAGAGAAGGAAUUCAGUUUGUUUUAUCCAAGACAUAAUCCCAGUAAAUGCGUUUAUCCAGUGAACCAUUCAUUUCGGGUAUCUUUGUGUGCCAAAGGGAGCCAAUGUGUUUUAUACAAUGAAAACUUUCAAUAAAACAUUCCUUUAA